ACCUUUUGCAAUUGUGGAUGUGGGAGCGCAUUCCUAUUGGCAGGCCCGAGAGGCAUAGUAUUGGGGUUGUUCCAUCAUACGAGGAAGAGGCGGUGGGUACUGUGGGUUGGCUGUGGAACAAUAGUGAAACCAUGCACGGGAAUCCAGGAAGGCGGUACGUAGACUACAGCAAUGCUCUUGACUGCCUCAGUGCUGCACACGUUGAAUGGCAACCAUACAAUCGCGAAGAGGUGCAAAACAUGGAGCUUAGUCCGCAAUGCACCAUGGAUACUCAAUAUUGGCGCUCCGUCUGUCCUCUUAUUUGCUACUAUAUUGUGGAGUUUCACCUUCCAAAUCGCGUGAUGCGCCAGUUUGGAAUACUUCAGACAUGUCCUCCCGAGCAUCUCAGUACUAGCCAAGAGCUGCAUGCAAUCGAUCGUCGCAAGCAAAGGGGUAUGAAAAACUGGGAGGAGAAGCACGUUGCGCAUGUCAAUGCUUGGAAUCUCCGGGCAAACAACAUUGUUUUUGGCGGACCUGUUCACCGUGACUCCCAGUUCAAGACAUACUUGGAGUGGUUGAAGCAACAAACAAGGCUGAAGCUAAAGGUUGCAAUGGACGCUACCAACAUUGAGGAUUUUCCUUCGGACCCCGAAGAUGUCUUCGACGAGUAUGAUGCUCGCACGAGAAUGGCAUGA